AUGCUUGUCGAGGACGAGGAGGGCGAUCGUGCCUCUUUCGAGGACGCGUAUUUUGCAUUAUCGGCAAAAAUCCGAGAAUUGUUAUUCGCGCCAACUCAUUCGAAUCGAGGCGUCGUCAAUCCAUCACCUUCGAAUGUAUCAGACACACGAGAGUCCGCGAUGCACGUGAGGUUACCUAAGCUCAAUCUUCCGACUUUUAGCGGCAAGCGAAGCGGCUGCGUCAUAAGCUCGCUGGAGAUUUCCGAUCUCAAUUAUGAAGUAGCAUGGAAAUUGUUGCGAGAUCGGUACGACAACAAACGAGUAAUCGUGCAUACGCACAUCAAAGCAAUCAUGGAGCUUCCAUGUUCGGUCAAGGAAAAUUCGAGCGAGCUGAGACAAAUCGCGGACGGCGCGUCCAAGCACAUACGCGCUCUUCAAGCUUUGAAACGUCCGACAUCUCAUUGGGAUGACCUGCUCGUGCACAUCCUAAGCGCUAAACUCGACGCGGUCACUUUGCGAGAGUGGCAAACAUCGUUGACCGGUACAGAGCUUCCCAAUUUACAUUUUUGCCAGGGUAGUCAUUCUAUCUACAAAUGUAAAGAUUUUCUAGCACUCUCAGUGUCCAGUAGAAAUUCCGAAAUUCGCAAGCGCAAGAUUUGCAUCAAUUGUUUGCGUUCCACCGAGCAUAAAGCUAGCCAAUGCCCAUCAGGCACUUGCAGAACAUGCAAAGGUAAGCACAAUACGCUUCUGCACGCGACGAAUGUGCAGGAGCACGAGCAAGAAAAACGCCAAGAGGAGGCAUCAGCAUUGUCUCCAACGGCUCUAGUCAUGCAUGCGCAUAAUUCUCCGGAAGAUCAAUGCGUCGUGCUCUCCACAGCUGUCAUCCACGUUCAUGAUGGCGGGGGGAGGCGCAUCGCUUGCCGAGCCUUACUCGAUUGCGGCUCGCAGGCUAAUUUCAUUUCUAAAAAGUGUUUGCUUGAACUCGGCUUAAAACCACAGUCAACUAGCAUAUCUAUUUCAGGUAUAAACGGGACAAUCAGUGCAUCUACUCAGAUCGUCCGCCUGAAAUUCCAAUCUCGGUUGAAUUCCUACUCGGCUGUCAUUGAUUGUAUAGUGACGGAGCAAAUAACGGACAGACUUCCUGCUCUUACUAUCGAUCGGAAUAAGAUCAACAUUCCCGGCAAUCUAAAAUUGGCAGACCCGCAUUUCUUCAAAUCGUCAACUGUCGACAUCCUACUAGGCGCUGACAUUUUUUGGGAACUAUUAUGCGUGGGACAGGUGCAAUCAUCGCCGAGGCACCCAACGCUCCAAAAGACUCGCUUAGGGUGGAUUGUAGCCGGUCGAAUCGGCCUCUCUUCUUCGGCCCCGCGGAGGAUACGUUCUCUGCAUACCACCAUUACUAACGCGCAGUUGCACGAUCAGCUGAGUCGGUUCUGGCAACAAGAAAAUUCGUACAACGAUGUCAGUAACCACACUCUAGUCGAAGCUCAUUGUGAGCAACAUUUCUUGGAUAACGUUUCUCGUGAUCAAACCGGUAGAUUUAUAGUAAAACUCCCACUGAAGGAGCAGCUGAUCGCUAAGAUCGGCGAUUCAAGGGAUACCGCGUUAAAACGUUUGCAAGGCAUGGAAAGGCGUUUCCAACGCGCUCCCAAUCUCAAAGCACAGUACGUAGAGUUCAUGAAUGAAUACGCAUCUCUAGGGCACAUGAAAGUCGCGAACAUUGAAUCAGACGAGGAUUCAACAUCGUUCUACUUACCACACCACUGUGUGUUUAAGACUGCAGACAAGAAUUCGAAAAUUCGCGUGGUCUUCGACGCGUCGUGCAAGAGCAGCACAGGCGUCUCGCUCAACGACGCUCUCACAGUAGGGCCUGUCGUACAGCAGGAUUUAAUGUCAAUCCUGUUACGUUUUCGUACGCAUCGAUACGCCGUUUCGGCUGAUAUAAUCAAGAUGUACAGACAAAUUCUGGUAGACCCGUCGCAAACAAGGUUGCAAAAAAUUCUAUGGCGAACCGACGUCCAGUCUGAUGUCACGACAUACGAAUUAACGACGGUCAUGUACGGUACGUCUUCGGCGUCAUAUCUCGCAACGAGAUGCCUCAAAUAUCUAGCGGAACAGUACGCAUCAGAAUUUCCAGUAGGGUCGAAAUGCGUGGAACGUGAUUUUUACGUCGACGAUCUGCUCACAGGAGCGGAUACGAUCACGGAUGCAGAAUCAGUAAUACGAGAAACUACUCAGUUACUCCAGUUAAGCUCGUUCAAACUCAGUAAAUGGGCAUCAAAUUGCUCGCAGCUUUUGCCGGGCGCGGAGGGUCAUUCUAGAAACCUAGUGCCUAUCGGUGAUAGUGCUCUCUCACGCGUCCUCGGGAUCCACUGGGAUCAAAACAAUGACGAAUUAUGUUUCUUUCAUGAGGACAAUGUAGACUAUUCCUCCAUAUCGAAACGUGUAAUACUUUCAGAAACCGCCAGGUUAUAUGACCCACUAGGACUGCUCAGACCUGUUAUUGUCGUCGCGAAAAUUAUCAUCCAGGAAUUAUGA